AUUCUGUAUUCAUCUCACUCGAAUUUUCAUCAGUGGCAUAUUUCUGGACGAAUCUCUGCCGGUUCAAACAAUCGCUUCGCUUAAAUUCACAAUCUCAGCUCGACUAAAGACGGAAAUAGAAGAUACCUCUUGCAGUAUAAUUGAAUCCUGCGAUACGUCACCAGGAAGGACACUGCAUGGGUGCACUGGUUUAUUCAUGCAAGAACUCUUAAACUUUGUGACUUGCCAGAUUCUUAAAUUAGAUGAGCUUUUUGAUAAAGCCGCUCCGUGAUUGUGUAAUUGCUUUCGAAACUAGACCGCAGCGAGGUAUUUAAGAGCUGUGCGCUAAAGGUUAUAGCCAUCAGUUUUUGUCUCGCCACUGGGCUAGAAAAGUGAAGGGCUCAAGUUGAGGAUUUAUACUUACUCUUGACGCGGUGUUUCGACGAUAUGAAGUUGUUUUUACGUGCAGCCGUGCUGACCGCUGUUUUGGCUGUGGUCCUUUCUGAUGGCAUAAAUUUGGGGAAAGAUUGUCACUGUCGCACAGCUAAUGCUAAAUAUAUAAAUGGAUUAUGCUUACGACCUUUGCGAUGCACAAACUUCCAGAAACUUCCACUGAUGGGUGAUACUAAAAUUGGUUCCGGGUUUGUGGUUUACAAUCGUCAAGUGUACCGCACGUAUCCAGCGGUAGGCAGGAAAACUAAGCGUUGUCUUGUUGUUGGUGCUCUGUACAAUAAAACGUUUGCAGUUUGUGUGAGACCACUGAAAUGCUUCGAAAAAAUGUUUGGAGUGUCAGAUCGCUCUUUAUCGCCGAAAUAUUAUGUUCAAGGUUAUAGUCUGUAUCAGUCGUAUCCUGCAUAUUGUCAGUAACGUCUACUUGUAAACAUACUGAGGAUAUAUUCACUAGCAGCGUAUAUUAAUACCUUGUUAGAUAAGGCUUAGAUUGUUGUAUC